AUGGAGAGUUCAAGCAACUCUCACACACAACCAAUCUCUCAUGUUGUUGUCGAGACAGUUGGAGUAUUACCAUCAUCAUUACAAUCAUUGGUGUUUGGUAGAGACUAUAAUCAACGCCUAUCAGUUGGAGUAUUACCAUCAACAUUACAAUCAUUGGUGUUUGGUGGAGUAUUACCAACAUUAUUUCAAUCACCAAUGCAAUCAUUGAUGUUUGGUAGUGACUAUAAUCAACGUCUAUCAGUUGGAGAGUUACCAUCAUCAUUACAAUCAUUGGAGUUUGGUGACAGUUAUAAUCACCCAAUUACUCUUGGAGUAUUACCAUCAUCAUUACAAUCAUUGAAAUUAGGAAAUGAUUAUAAUCAACCGCUAUCAUUUACAGUAUUACCAUCAUCAUUACACUCAUUGAAGGCUAGUAACUACGAUAUCGAUCGAUCAAUAUCAAUUCAGAUAUUCCCGUCCUCUGAAACCCAAUCUAUUCUACAUGGUUGGGAAUAUAAUGAUCCAAUGACAUUUAGAGUACUACCAUCAUCAUUACAAUCAAUAACAUUUGGUGAUAGUCAAUCUGGAGCUUCUAGAGUACAUAAUAUUAUAGAUCUCAAACAACCAGUAGAAUUACCAUUAUCAUUACAAAUUGAUGAUUGGGAAUCACCAACAUCAUUUAAAAAAUCGAUAUUUCGUAAAGGCUAUAAUCAACCAGUAUCAAUGAGAGUAUUACCAUCAUCAUUACAAUCAUUGACAUUUGGUCAUGCAUAUACUCUCCCCCUAUCUCCCGGGGUAUUACCAGAAUCAUUACAAUCAUUGGUGUUUGGUGAUAGAUAUAAUCAAGCACUAUCAAUUGGAGUAUUACCACCAUCAUUACAAUCAUUGAAGUUUGGUAGAGACUAUAAUCAACCUCUAUCAGUUGGAGUAUUACCAACAUCAUUACAAUCAUUGGAGUUUGGUAGAGACUAUAAUCAAACACUACCAGUUGGAGUAUUACCAUCAUCAUUACAAUCAUUGACUUUUAGUGGUGAUUCGAAGCCUAUAGUAUUUUUAGUUGAUUUCAAGCAAUCAAUUACUGUUAGCAGAUACUUCAUUAAAUUAGGGUCUCAUGGAAUUAUAAAACUUCGUGAUCGAAGAUAUCCUCUCAUUCUUUCGGCAUCACCAUCAGAGCAUCAUAUCGAUAUAAUUCAUAUUUUGAGAAACAACACUCAACAACCUAUCACUUACAAUACAAAUCCCAACUCAAUUAACUAUGACCCCAACUAUAUAAUGAAAUAUCCUAUCAAAGUCAGUGACUUUGUUUCAGUCAACAACAAGAAAUAUUUUGUACUGCACAGUUUUCCAUACUCUUCCAACAAAGUAUUAUUUGUAUCUUGCGAAUCCUCUGGUGAAUUGUUUGUUUAUAAAGAAAUAGAUUACUUCAAUAAGAAAGAGAAUGAAAUAGAUCAAAAGAUCUAUGAUAAAGUGCAAUUUGAAAUCUCAACAAUGAAACUAUUCAUCAAUGACGAUAUGUUUGUGCAAUACAAAGAUCACCAAGAUGACAGUGAUUCAAAAAAGAUAUAUCUUUUGACACAUUUCUGUGAAGGUGGUGAUUUAGAACAAUUAUUUCAAUCAAUUUAUAAAUGGAAUGAAUCCCAACAAGAGAAACAAAAAGUUGAAGAAAAACAAAGUCCUGAAGAAUACAAGUAUAUUUCCGAAUCAGAGAUAUGGCGAUAUAUUCGUCGAAUAUUCCAAAUACUUGAGAAACUAUCGCAACACAAUCUUGCACAUCUUGAUAUCAAACCACUAAACAUCUUUAUUCGAAAUGAUGGUGAAAUAGUUCUUGGUGAUUUUGGAUCUUGUCACUAUUUCGUUGACCAAAAUCAUCAAGCCCCCAAAGACCAAACUUCAAACCCCACUGAAAAUGUAGCAAAGUAUUCAAAUAUGAUAGCUUUAACACGUGCCUCUCGUGGAACAUAUGGAUAUUACUCGCCUGAAAAAAAAAAGAAAUACUAUGCUUCAAGUGAUAUAUAUUCAGUUGGAUCAACUAUUUUACAUUUGCUUUCAUGUCAUCCAGAUGAUAGUGGAAAUAGAAAAGAAUUUAUCAACAACCACAAAAAGGACGACUUUAAUGCAGAUCAUAUCAAAAUAUCUCCGGUUAGAUAUUCUGAGGAUUUAAUUCAAUUUGUCAAGAAUCUAUUAAUUGAAACACCUCAUGAUCGUCUAUCAUUGGAUGAUUUGAAUGGAGAAACAGUCAACCAACACACACAAAGAAUCACAUCAUUUUUAAUCAACCAAAGACAAAUUCUAUCAAGCACAACAACAUUAAUAUUGGAUGGUGAAUUUAACAGUCCUCUCAAUGGAUUACUUCCACCAACACUUUUAAAAUUAAAGUUUAUGGGAAAGUUUAAUCAACCAAUCAAAGACGGUGACAUUCCUGAAGGAGUUGAAACAUUAAUAUUUGGACCAUCAUUCAACCAACCAUUGACCUCGAGCAGUUUAAAGAAAAAUACAAGAAUUCAUUUAAUCAUAGAUAAUGAUAAAUCUAAUUUCAUCCUAACAAUCGGUAAAAAUUCUUAUGGAAUUGGCAGAAUCAAAAAGAAUGGUGCAAUGUUAGAGUGGAAGAAUAAUAAUAUCAGAUUCUCAAUCAAUCUGGAAGAUGUUAAAAUGGUAUCUGAUGUUAAAACAUCAAUAUAUAGACAUUUAUUUUGUCAAAUCGAUAAAUCAAAAUUUGAGGAAAUCAACUCGCUCUUUGGACAACACAACCCCAGUUCAGAAUACCUCCUAAUGGGAAUGGAGAAGCUGUUUGAAUUGGACCAAGACAAUAUCUACCAAGAGUCUGAACAAGGUCGCCAAUAUUUAAAUAUUAGAUUGAUUUUCAAACCUUUAUAA